CGAACCUUCUCUUUUUAAAACAACAGGCGCGGGUAGUAGCUUAACCCACAAUACAAAACCAACCAACAAACCUUCUCACAGAGACUCCUUCAUUUCAUUUUGCAGAAAAUCAACAAUGGCAGAAUCCGAAGAUAUUCAACCUUUGGUUUGCGAUAAUGGAACCGGAAUGGUUAAGGCUGGAUUUGCAGGAGAUGAUGCACCUAGGGCAGUUUUCCCUAGCAUUGUAGGUCGUCCACGUCACACUGGAGUAAUGGUUGGAAUGGGACAAAAAGAUGCGUAUGUUGGUGAUGAAGCACAAUCCAAAAGAGGUAUUUUGACUCUCAAGUACCCAAUUGAGCAUGGAAUUGUUAGUAAUUGGGAUGAUAUGGAGAAGAUCUGGCAUCACACUUUCUACAAUGAACUUCGUGUUGCGCCGGAAGAACAUCCUGUUCUUCUCACGGAAGCUCCGCUUAACCCUAAGGCUAAUCGGGAAAAAAUGACUCAGAUCAUGUUUGAGACUUUCAAUACUCCGGCUAUGUAUGUUGCUAUUCAAGCUGUGCUUUCUCUUUAUGCUAGUGGCCGUACAACUGGUAUUGUUCUGGAUUCUGGGGAUGGUGUUAGUCACACGGUUCCUAUUUAUGAGGGUUAUGCACUUCCGCAUGCGAUUCUUCGAUUGGAUCUUGCAGGACGUGAUCUAACUGAUGGAUUGAUGAAGAUUUUAACUGAGCGUGGCUACACUUUCACCACUUCUGCAGAGCGAGAAAUUGUGAGGGAUAUGAAGGAGAAAUUGGCUUAUAUUGCUCUUGAUUAUGAGCAGGAGUUGGAAACUGCUAAGACUAGCUCAGCUGUUGAGAAGACAUAUGAGUUACCUGAUGGACAGGUGAUCACAAUUGGCGCUGAAAGAUUCCGAUGCCCUGAAGUUCUGUUCCAGCCAUCGAUGAUCGGCAUGGAAUCUCCGGGUAUCCAUGAGACGACAUUUAACUCAAUUAUGAAGUGUGAUGUCGACAUUAGGAAGGAUCUUUAUGGUAACAUUGUCUUGAGUGGUGGUUCCACAAUGUUCCCUGGUAUUGCUGAUAGGAUGAGCAAGGAAAUUACAGCAUUGGCACCUAGUAGCAUGAAAAUCAAGGUUGUAGCACCACCAGAGAGGAAGUACAGUGUCUGGAUCGGAGGCUCUAUUUUGGCAUCCCUCAGCACUUUCCAACAGAUGUGGAUUGCAAAGGCAGAAUAUGAUGAAUCUGGGCCAUCAAUAGUACACAGGAAAUGCUUCUAAGUUCAAAUCAUGGAGCCUGAGAGUUGGAUCAAGGAAAUUACAAUAUAUACAUUGUACUAAGGAAAUACUAUCUAGUUGGUUGAGGAAAUCCAUUUCCUAUUCUUUUACCAUUUCUAUUAUCAAGUUUCUUUGUGUUUUCCUUUCUUGAUAUGUUGGGAUAUAAGAGCAUGAAGACUAGCAAGAUAUGUGAGAUCCAAUUUUCCCCUCAUUUUGUUGCAGAGACGUGUAUUGUUACUGAUUUUGGUUUUGUUUGAAACAACAAAUCUUUCGGUCCAAUGUUCUGAUUGGCCUAGUGGUAUGUGUUUUAUUUAUAAUUCUAUGAACCGAAAAAGUCAUUGAUAAUCA